CGCAGGGGUAUGUUUGCCCUGACCGGACCUAGCAUUGGCGACCGGUCACGGCUUCGGAGAUGCCAAAGAAAUGGAAGAUCUGUGCCUUGGUGACAGAAUCUCCAUGCAGGCAUGGCUGUUUUGACAGAUGUCGGCGACAUCUACACCCUGCCGGGGUUUUAAUUGUUAGUGCGUAUACAAACCCUCUUUUUCACCCACAUCCUAUCCACAACGAAAGGUCUAUUGGCCAUUUGGACAAAAUGGACCUUCAGCUGCUUUUUCUAUUGGAUUGACAUGAUAUCACAAUUGACGUCAGGGUUGCGAGCAGUUAGAUAUGCAGGUUAAUAGGCCAGAGCCCUUCAGCACCUUUCACUUGGGACUUAGUUGCAUGCUAUUCACGAUGGCCUCCCCAACAACUACGUGGCUUUGCCGACGAUAUGAGCCAACGACCCCUUGCCUCCGAGAGGCACCUCGGCCUAACGACCCUUUAGCAUCGCCUACGAUACAACGGCAACAGAGAAUCGAUGCUGCGAGAUCCAGCAACCAGCAGCAGCUCCGGCCAGUUAGGAAAAAAGCCCAAGAUCUUUCUCGUGACCAGCGUAUCCAGGCACGCUCCUUACGCCAGUAUGCUGGCUGGUCCUAUAAGAGAAUCUCUGCUACAACUGGCUUUACUCAACGUCAAGUCCAAGGGGCCUGUGAGCGCGCUACCCCUCAAAAGGCUGGCUCUAAGCGUGGCCGUGGCUACCGCAUCCGAACUCCUCAUCGCGAGAAGCUUGGCUCUGUAUUAGUCUCUGACCUAUGGGCAAAGGGGCGCCCAUGGGGAGAUCUCCGCUGGAUAGUGCCUGGCCUUGAGAUAUACGGCGAGGCUGCCAUUACGUCGACACUUAAAGCAAUGAGGUUCCGGCGAGCUGCUAGGCCAAAGACGCUUGACCUCCAGCCAGAGGUGAAGGCCCUUCGCAAAGUCAUAUGCCAAGGCUAUCUUGACCUCUGGUCAGAUCUAGAUUCGUGGCUUUCUAGGUCACCAGUCUUUUCUGAUGAGACUUGGGUUCUGUCAGAAAGUAUGUAUCAGCAAUAUAUCACUCUCAGCCAAGACGAGAGGGCUGGAGACUUUAGCCGGCGCCGGCAACAUGCGCCAGACGGCUAGAUGUUUUGGGGAUGUAUUGCUGGCCUACACAAGGGCCCAGGUGUUGUAUGGGAUCCAGACUGGGGGACUAUCUCUGGCUAUACCUAUACACAUAAUAAUACAGCAUAUCCUUCCUAAGGUUAAGGAUUUUAUCGCCAGCUUGCCAGGCUGGCGAUGCUUUCAGCAUGACGGCGCGCCU